CCCCCACCGCUUUGCGUCCUGCCCCAUCAGUUGCGGAGGGUGAGGGUGCUGGGGCUGCAGGAGCUGGUUCUUGGGGUGCAGUGGGCGUGGGCGUGGAGGUCACUCCCGUGGAGGACACGGCAGCCUCGAGUCGGCGGCCUUGCCCCGCGUCACCCCCUGGCUUCCCGGUGGUCCAGCAAUUCCCUCCUCGUUCUCCUCUGCGGCCGGUUGCUGCGGAGCCUGGGGGUGUUCCUACAGGAGGUACUGGAGGCCCCGGGGGUGGCGCUGGUGGAGGUGUUGGUUCUGGGGGUGCUGGAGCUGGAAGCACUGGCACUGUGGCGCCUACACCACGCACUGUACGUUUCCUAACCCGUGAGCAGCGUCUCCUCCGGUUGGAGAGGGAGGAGCGUGAGCGGUUUGAGAGGGCACAGUAG